AUGCGAGCCUGUUUUAUUUUCACGUUACUAUUCCUUGCUGCGCUCAGUGUCUCUCAGGUUCUUGGCCCGCGAUACUACGAUUUGUACGACUACUACGCCCUCCAAAUCGACACAAAUGUCAGGCCACUAGAUGUUGCUACGGAGCUUGGUUUCGAUUACGAAGGUCCCUUCCCUUCCAUGGAAGGCUACCAUCUCUUCCGCUCAAGGAAGCAGGAGACCGAUGUCGUGGAAGAUAUCAUGAAAGCAAGAAAAUUUAAAAGGGAAGCUCACGCGCUCGGUAGCUUGGACGGUGUAAAGUUCAGCCAAAAGCAAGUCGCCCCAAAAUCUGCCGCUCGCAAGCGGCAGGACGAAAUUAUCGAAACACUUGAUAUCCACGACCCUCUGUUCACCGCGCAGUGGCACCUGCUGAAUACUCGGGAGGAUGGGAAUGACAUUAAUGUCACUGGCCUCUGGAAGGAAGGCAUCACAGGAAAAGGCUCGACAGUGUGCAUUGUCGACGAUGGGUUAGAUCUGGACAGUGAUGAUCUGAAGGACAACUAUUUCCGAGCUGGGUCAUAUGAUUUCAAUGAUCAUGUUCAGGAUCCGAAGCCUAGGCUUUUGGAUGAUACGCACGGUACCCGUUGUGCUGGAGAAGUCGCGGCAGCCAGGAACAGCGCAUGCGGGGUUGGCGUUGCUUAUGACGCGCGAAUAUCUGGCAUACGAAUCCUUUCCGGAGACAUAUCUGAUGCGGAUGCUGCUCUUGCGAUGAACUACGCCAUGGACCAGAAUCAGAUAUACUCUUGCUCUUGGGGGCCCCUCGACAAUGGUGCUUCUAUGGGAGCUCCCAGCACUCUCGUACAAAGAGCCUUGAUCAAUGGCGUGCAGAAAGGUCGGCAGGGAAGAGGCGCCAUAUACGUCUUCGCUACUGGGAAUGGCGCUGCCAAGGGCGAUAACUGUAAUUUUGAUGGUUACGCAAACACCAUUUACAGCAUCACGAUUGGCGCGAUUAGCAGGACUGGCCUCCAUCCAUCCUACUCUGAGAGGUGUUCUGCGCAGCUUGCAGUCACCUACAGCAGUGACGGCCCAUAUGAUGCAAUCUUCACGACAGACGUGGGUAGCUCAAAGUGCACCAACUCGCACGGAGGCACCUCUGCCGCUGCACCUCUCGCAGCAGCUAUAUAUGCUCUUGCGCUCCAAGUUCGUCCCGAGCUGACUUGGCGCGAUAUGCAAUGGCUUACCGUCCUCACGGCAAUCCCUUUUGAGCAAAAGCCUCUGCAGCAGCCUGAUUUGAUUGAUAGCAGCGAAGGCUGGCAGGACACUCCGUAUGGGAAGAGAUUUAGCCAUCAAUUCGGCUAUGGAAAACUUGAUGCGUAUGCAUUCGUUCAGGCCGCGAAAACUUGGCAGGUCGUGAAACCACAAGCUUGGUAUUUCGCCCCUUGUAUACAGGUCAACCAACCCAUCCCACAGGGUGAAGACGGGUUGAACAGCAGCAUCGAAGUCACCGAAGUCGAUCUGAAUGGGGCGAACCUUGAGCGGAUUGAGCACGUCACCAUUACUAUUAACGUCAACCACAGCCGCCGCGGAGACCUGAGCGUUGUGUUACGCAGUCCCUCCGGCAUUAUCAGCCAGCUUUCGACGUCUCGUCCCAAAGACAAUGCCCAUGAGGGUUACAGUGAGUGGAUGUUUAUGUCAGUUGCGCAUUGGGGAGAGAAUGGCAUUGGCAGUUGGACCAUCUCUGUUAAAGAUGGAAACCUAAACGAGCACGAGGGCGUGUUUACCGAUUGGAAGUUACACCUCUGGGGCGAGUCCAUUGACCCUUCGCAGAAAUAUUCCUUCCCUUUACCUGGUGCCGACGAUACUGGCGAAGAAAACGACACUGUGGUCCCAUCGCCAAGUUCAAGUGUCGGUUCAGAGCCCACACAAGACCCGUCGGCAGAUCACGAUCCUCCGGCCGCCAUCGCAGUUUUGAGUCAGUACAGUACAAUGUUCUGGAUCUAUAGUGCUUUCGCUAUUUCAGUUGUCUGCUGUUGUAUAGUAGCUUUCCGUCUGGACAGCUUCGGCAUCCGACUCUGCAAGCACAGCUUCAGCAUCGGAUUCUGCGAGCGCAACAUUGGCAGUCAAUUCCACAAGGACUUCCACCGGAACCAUUCCCACAAGCACAACCAAUUCGACAAAUUCAACGAGCCCCGAAAACGAAUACCCAUUCACCACCGACGCAAAGACGGCUACUGUGGCACGGGCGACGAUUACUGCAGCAAGCCGGACUGCCAAGAAGACUACGGCAAGUGCCAAUCGAACGACGGGACGCUCGGAUUCCCGCACUGCAGCUGGGCCGACAGCGGGACCAGUCCGCGCUGCGACGGCAAGUGCGGCUCGGCCUUCAACAACGCCAUCUGCGAUACCAGCGCCAAAGCUGACGCAUUUGCCAUUUAUGGUGUGUACAACUACGGGGGCUGUUGCAGCAGUGGGGGAUUUUGUGGAAGCACCUCGGACCACUGCCAACAAGGCUGUCAGAGUGGCUGCGAUGAGGGCUACGGUCCGGCUGCAGCGUCAUCUUCGGCCGCCGCCGCUGCUACUUCGGCGUCUGCAGCUGAGCAGCUCGAUAUGCCGCCGUCCGGGUUUAUGAUUGCCUUCUUUUCCGUGCUGGGGAUGGUCCUUGGCCUUUGA